CGAAGGCGUCUCGGAUUCGGGUCAUUUAGAGUUGUUGUCUACACCGAAAAGUUAUUCUUUUUGUAGGUGUGUGCAUACCUACAAACUGCUCCAGGUUAUGCGAAGAGGCUUAUUAAAAUAUGUCAUAUCACGGCGCAUGGGACGGCGGGCCGCCUGGCGCUGAGGCGGAGUAUGCGCCGCCCUACGCAGGGGCCGCCGCCCCGCCGCCUCCGCCGCCUCCGCCAGUCAUGCCCACCACGGACCCCUGGACGGGCGUCAGCUACAGUCAGUAUGGACCUCCUCCCUAUGACUAUCAGAGCUACGGGGCUUCCAACUACAACUACAAUUACGACGCUAACUACUACCAGCGUCCACCUGAGAACUACUACCAAAAAUAUCCUCCAUCAACAGAUGCAUACUCCUCCCGGGAUGGUUAUGACAAUGCUAUGCCAUCACCUCUGCCAAGGCCUCCCACAGAAAUUACAGUAGUAAGAAGGCGUAGAUCAUACUCCAAAAGUGUUAGUCCUUUUGAAAAGAAAGAUAGGGCAUAUUCAAAGAAAAAAGAUAGCUAUGAUGAGGGUCGGAAGACCAGAUCUCGCAGUAGAUCAAUUCGUAUUAAAAGAGAGAAGUAUUCUUCCAGUGACCGCUCGAGAUCUAGGUCCUCAUCAAGAUUGUCGCGUAAGAAGGUAAAGAGCAGGAGGACCUCCUCUGACUCAUCUAGGUCAAAUGACUCGUAUAAAAAACGUUUAGCUAGGAAAGGUAAAAGUCGUGAACAUUCUUACACUCCGCCUCUGAAGAAAUCUUCAUCACAUUCUAGAAAUAGAUCUAUCCCUCAACGCUCACCAAGUAGUGAUCAUUCUUCCAGUAAGUCUCCUAGAUUAAGGCAAGAAAAAGACAUUAAAGGAAAGGGUAAAUUGCCUCUUAGUAAGGACAAAGCCAAGAAAACUAGAGAUGUUAUAACUCCUCCAAGAAAAAUAAAAGAGGAACCUAAGACUCCGCCACCGAGGCAAAAGCAGUCAUCAAUAACUCCGCCCAGGAGUUAUCAACCUGUCAAAAAGGAACGGUCAACUACACCACCUAAGAAAAAACGCCCUACUACACCUGUCCGGAAAAAUAGAGACAGCUCACUAACACCGCCUAAAAGUUAUGCUAGAAGCCGCUCGUCCUCUUCCAGCUCAGGGUCGGACUCUCGAUCGCCGACGCCGAAACCUAAAAGCAAACGCAACCGCCGCUCGAGAUCGUCUUCUAGGUCGUCGCGAUCUAGGUCAAGGUCGAACCGGCGCAGGUCCGAGCAUAGGUCCCGAACUAAGAGUCCAUCCAAACGGCGAUCCAUAAGCAAAAGCAGCCGCACCAAACGACGAUCAGUAAGCAAAAGCAGCCGGUCUAAACGGCGCUCCCUCAGCAAAAGCAGGCGCUCCGUGAGCAAGAGCAGUCGAUCGCGAAGCCGUUCUAAAUCUAGACGAAGACGCAGCAGGAGUCGAUCGUCAAAGUCGCGCUCCCGCUCUAAAAGCUCGCGUUCUAGCCGAAGCCAUAGCGGAACACCAAGUGAAGAACGUCGAGGGCAAUUCACUGUUGCUGAUCGCAAACGGUUCUGGAAGCUUCAUCGCAGUAGGCAAGAAGAAAAGAAAAAGGAAAAACCAGAAUCUCCACCUAAAGAGAUAAAACCACCACCAGGAGCUAUUGAACCAGAACAAGUUGACGAUAUAGAAUAUGGUGAUCCACCUGAGGUAGAAGGGCCUAACUUUGCUGAACUAUUACCCGCUUGCCCGGCUGACCUUCACCAGCCGUCAUCAUCUAAAUCCAAGCCGGGUCCACUACCGAUUAAAAAUGAUGGCAGCUUUUUGGAAAUGUUCAAAAAGAUGCAAGAGGAAACUAAGAAAGUUGAGGAGAAGAAACCGGAAAUUAAAAAACCGGUUUUGCCGUUCAUUGGGAAGAGGCGCGGCGGGCGCGUGCUUAAGACUGGUCUAGUAAAAAAAGCGAAGGCUAUAGAGGAGCAACUGGCCGAUAACGCUCCGAAGGACGCCUGGUCCCUUUACAUGCAGGAGGUCAAGAAAUACAGAGAAACCUCGUGUGAGGAGGAACGCAAAACGCGACCUUUGGUCAAAUAAUGUAGCUGCUAAAAUAAAUUUAUUGUUGUCUCGUCUAGUAUAUUUUAGACUUUUUCUUAGUAAAGUUAGUUUGCGUUUAAGUACUUUGAGCGAUAUUCUCUUUCUGGGCAACUAACUCGUACGGUUGAAAUUGAUUGGGAUAAGUAUACAUUUCAUUUCACGCAUCUUCUUGCCUAGACAAUAAGGUUGAUGUUCUUAAAGAUUAGUCAAUCUCAAACAAUUGCAACCACACGCAAGGUGAAACUUACAUUUCAUUGGUAUUUAGUAUUCAAUUUUUUUAAGUUUGUACCAGUAGUAAUCAAUGUUUUGAAUUAUUGUAAUUAUACUGGACUCCAAUAAGAAAGUAGUAAUACUAUUACUCUAGUAAGAUGUUUUUUUAUUGUCGGGUCCAAAAGUAUUUCAAUAUUUAUAUUUUUUAAGUGGUACAAAUUUAAAACAAUUGCAUAUUUUAUUUUAGAACUUAGCUCAGACUGAUAAAUUAUAUGAGAAAAUAUUACAGUAUUGUCUUGCUCUAAAAUAAUAGCAAUAAAUAUUAAAUUCAUGUUAUGUAUGAGUCAAAUACAUUUUCCGCAAAGGAAGUUACUUCUAUUUAUCUUGUACCCACAUAAUUAUAGCUCACGAAUGAUUAAAUUAAUACUGAAUUCGUUCAUCUAUAAGUAUUGUUUGUUGCUGUAUACUAAUUACAAAAUAUUUGUAAAAGCAUGUGUGUGAAUUUUUAUAAAACAUGAGCCAAUUAGGUAAUCAUGAUUAUUGAUUAGACUAAGCUCGAGAAAGAUUAUAAAAGAACAAAAAAUAAAUGUAUGUGACUAACCCUUUCAACGCCAAGAACGCUUUCAGUCACUCAAAAAAACCAGAACUGCCAUAAAAUACUUUCAAGCUGGUAAACUAAGUUGUAACGACGGCAGUUUGCCUUUAUUUUAGGGUUGCUUGGCGGUAAAAGGGUUGAAAUAUUUUUCCUCUCGAAUGAUUCUAUUGCUAUAUUUUUUUUUAAUACAAUAUUUAUUUACGUGUUAUUUAAAUUUAAUCAUUACGGCUCUACUCUACAAGUAACCGAAUGCUAUUAUCAAGACGGAUGGCACGAAUAUAACUGAUUUUUGUCUAACUACGAAUACCUAUUGUUAUUGAAGUAUACUGAUUUCAUAGCUCUCAAAAAUCUAAAUAUAAUCUAGAAUUCAGUUACAGUCGUGUAACGAGGUGAAAGUAUAAUCAUAUUAAUGUAAGUGUUCCUUUCUUUAAACGGUACCUACAGGUACCGAAAUCUUAUUAAAAUGUAUACGAGCAACCUAAUUAACGUACUGACGUUAAUUCUUAUCCACCAUAGCAUUGAAUUCCUUGUUAUCAUCUAAUGUACCUAUGUAUAAUUUUCGCUACAUUUGAACACUUAAGUACACCACCAGUUUUUAUUCGUGCCGUGGAAAGGUCAGUGUGGGGAACUUUCAUGUGUAAAUGUAGAAAGAAAGAGCUUCACACCCGCUCUCUCAACUCAGGUUAAAGUGGUACAGAUGUAUUGCGAUAAAGGUUUCCUUCGUAUUUUUCCGGACACGUUCGUAUUUGUCAUGCUAGUUCAGUCAAUGUCAGUACAGUCUUGUAUUGAGACUGACUGAAAUAGCAUGACACGUUCCUAACGUUUCCAUAACAAUACGAAGGCAAAUCUUUUCGCACUACAUCUGUAAGAGCAUGUAGUGUAGACGUAUUCGUCGCAUUGACCUUACAUAAAAUGAAAGCAUAUAUUUGUAAAUCCAUAGCCUUAAUAAUAUAGUAUUAAGAUUUUUUAAAUUAAACAUCAGCAGUGUAUCGUGCGUUAUUUUAUGUACCAUGUUUAUCUCUAUAGCUGGUUAUUUUAUACUGUUAAACAUGACUUUAAUAAAGGAUUGUGAAGAUA